CCAUCUCGAUACGCGACUCAAGGAACCUCCACCAUGGGCGCAAUCCUGUCUGUUCCCUUUAUGGCCAUGCCGGCCAUGAGCACGGUCUGGAGCCUUGUUGCCUCCUGUUGUGGCGCUGCGACGUGCAGCGCCGUCAUGGGCUCUUGCGGAGGAAAAUGCGGCAACAGUAUCGCUACCCGCAUCGCCUACGCGCUCAUCCUGCUCGUCAACUCGAUUGUCUCGUGGAUCAUGCUCACCGACUGGGCCAUGAAGAAGCUGUCCCACCUCACGCUCGAUUACGUCGACAUCAAGUGCCUUGGCGAAGAGUGCUACGGAUACGUUGCUGUGCAGCGCAUCAACUUUGCCCUCGGCUUCUUUCACGUGCUCAUGGCGCUGAUGCUCAUCGGCGUACAGACGUCCAAGGACCCGCGCGCAACCAUCCAGAACGGCUUCUGGCUCCCCAAGAUAUUUGGCUGGAUCGCCAUGAUUGUCCUGACCUUCUUCAUCCCCAACUCGUUCUUCAUUGUGUGGGGCAACUACUUUGCCAUGGUCGGCGCAUGCCUGUUCCUCCUCAUCGGUCUGAUUCUGCUCGUCGAUCUGGCGCACAACUGGGCCGAAUACUGCCAGGAAAAGAUUGAGACGACCGAGUCGCGCGUGUGGACUGGCAUGCUCGUCGGGAGCGCCAUGUUCAUGUACCUCGCCUCGUUUGCCAUGACGGUUGUCAUGUACAUCUACUUUGCCAAGAGCGGAUGCGGCAUGAACCAGGCAGCCAUUACAAUCAACCUCAUCCUGCUUCUGCUAUCUUCGGUCGCCUCGAUCCACCCUGCCGUGCAGGACGUCAACCCGCGCGCUGGUCUCGCGCAGUCGGCCAUUGUGGCGAUUUACUGCACCUACCUCACCAUGUCCGCCGUGGGCAUGGAGCCCGAUGACCACCAGUGCAACCCGCUGAUCCGCGCUCGUGGUACCCGCAAGGCGACCAUUAUCAUUGGCGCCAUUGUCACUUUCGUCACGGUCGCAUACACAACCACGCGUGCCGCAACGUACGGUCUAGCGCUUGGCGCCCAGGGCAACCCGCACGGAAACGGCUACGCCCAAAUCGGCAGUGAAGACUACGAACAUGGUCUCGUUACCCAACAGCCCGAGUCUCGUCGUGACAUGCGCCAAGCCGCCCUCCGCGCUGCGGUAGAGUCUGGUUCUCUGCCCGCCUCGGCUCUGGACGACUCUGACAGCGACGACGAGGACGACGAGCCCGCCAACAAGAAGAACCCGCGCGACGACGAGCGCCAUGCCACUCAGUACAACUACACGCUCUUCCACAUUAUUUUCUUCCUCAGCACAACAUGGGUGGCUACUCUGCUCACGACCAACUUUGACGAGAAGGACGUGUCAGGCAGCUUUGUACCCGUGGGACGCACCUACUGGGCCAGCUGGGCCAAGAUUAUCAGCGCGUGGGUAUGCUACGGCAUCUACACCUGGACAUUGGUUGCUCCGCUGGUGCUGCCGGAUCGAUUUGACUACUAGUAUUGCAGUCAAGCCGAAAUGCAGGCUGACAUUUAUCAUGCUUGGGAGAGGCUGCGUCAGUCGAGGCUAGAGAGGUGAUAUACCAACUUGAUUAUGUAUUACUAGAAGUUUGCUCGGUACAGUCGAUGGCGCGGGAGAGUGUGUAGACGGCUGGUGUCCGAUUUCCUCGCUCUUGUGUUGGUGACUAUGCUGUUGCGAGCUGUUUCCUAUGUCCAUUUCCGUGGUUCCAUCUUUUUUGUACAUGGUAUGUAGCAUCCAGAGGCUGGUCAAUACAACAACCGUAUUAACAAG